AUGGCAGAUCCCGUCGGAGAAGAGUCAUGGCUUGGGCUAAUUGACGAAGCCAGUCGCAGGGCCAACGAUCUAGAACAACGCGUCGAAGUUCUGGAAAUAUACAAGCGCGCGAUCGCUGCAGAACCUUUCUCAAAUAAGCUAUGGCUGGCAUACUGUGAAUGGUACUGGUCGCUGUACAGCAAUUGUCAAAAUGGUGACACAGGAUGGUCCGAGGAGGAGCAGGAAGUUGGGAAGGAAGUGUUCACUCUAUUAGAGGCAAUCAUGUUAUGGUCACAGGGCGCGGAAGCAACGAAAUACAGGCUGAAUGAUAGUCACAUAAUUUGGAAUCGGUGGAUGGGCAUCGAGUUGGAGGAACAUUCGAAAUCACCGAACCCAGAGAGCUUUGAGACCAUCAAGUCGCAUUUUCUAGAAAGAUUACAAAUACCGCACGCUACUUGGGACGAGACCAGCGAAAUGUUUUCAUCUUUCAUUACCACUUAUGAUGAGGAAUCAUGGGAAUCUACUAUGAUGGACCUCACGAAGUUGGCGCAACCAGCGAAGGAUUUAUACAGUAGUCGCGAGAUGUAUGAGUUGAAGCUAAAUGGUGCAAGGGGAAGCAACGAUAGUGUUGAAGAGAUUACCAUUUGGAAGGAGUACCUUAAUUGGGAGAGGGCUCAGUGUAGCCGAAAAUCGAAGAAAGGAUCGCUACAAAGUCCUCCAAUGCUCUGCGUUGCUCUUUUUGAACGAGCCUUAUGUUCGACAACGAUGGGAGUUGAUCCAGAGAUGUGGGAAGAUUACAUCACAUUUCUGUCGACUACCGAACUCAAUAUAAGUGAGAAUAACCUACCCUCGGCUCUUUCGGUGUUGCAACGAGCAACUGCACAUUGCCCGUUUUCUGGAGGGUUGUGGUCACGAUAUAUACUGGACGCUGAAGCGCAUAAUUUUUCGCUUGCCGAGAUGGAACAGAUCAAAACUGACGCGACUGCGAAGGACAAUCUCACCCGAGACAAUAUGGAAGCGAUGGUAGAAUUCUAUGUUACCUGGGCUACUUUCUUAAAGCGAAAAGCCUUAUCCGUGGACGCUACGGACGAGGAUCUCAAUGCUGCAGACAAGGGCUUACCAGCAGCUCUGAAGACAAUCGAUUCACAAGGUCAACGAAAGUACGGGCGCUCAGAAUGGAAUGGCGACCCUUUGUAUCGAAUAGAAAGAGUAUUUAUCGAGUACAAGACCCAGAAGGGAUCGAUUCAAGAUGCUCGUAUUAUGUGGCAGAAUCUGGUCAAAAGGCGCGGCGAUAGCUACGAGUUCUGGCAGCACUACUAUUUCUGGGAGAUGGCCGUUCGAGAGUCGCCUUCGCACUCUUCACGUGCCACGGAGGUUCUGGAAAAGGCUGUUUAUAGACAGGGGCUAGAUUGGCCGGAGAAGAUUUUGGAAAUGUACCUUCGUCAUUGCCAGAAUUACGAGCAGGUGGAAGUGCUUUUGAAAGCUAUGAACCUCGUGUACAAGGUUUCCAAAAGUGUCACGAAGAGACGAGCCAAAGAAGCGGCGCAAGCCAGUGCAAUGUAUGCACACCAACCUCAAGCCGAAGUCAUGAACGAGAGUUCAACUCCAGACGCGCCUUCUAGUGCCUCGAAACGGAAACGAGAAACUGAUCUGGAUGAUGUGGAUGAGAACGCAUCGAAGAGAACGAAGAAUGAAUUUACAGCUGCUGAAAGUGAAGUCAGCAAAGAGCAGAACCUCAAGAGAGAUCGUGAAAAUACUACUGUUAUGGUCACCAACCUACCAGUAGAGGCUACACAAACCAAAGUGAGGCAGUACUUUAAGGAGUAUGGCCACAUUAAUAGCUUGGCCAUCAAACCGGAGCCUGAUAAGGGAUCAGCAACGGCGGUGAUUGAAUUUCGAAGUCCACUCGACGUUCAAUCCGCUCUCCUGCGAGAUAUGAAGUAUUUUGUUGAUAGACAGAUAAGGGUCCAGCCAGCUACUGGGCAGACGCUAUAUGUUUGCAACUUCCCUCCUACUGCUGAUGACGCUUUUUUCCGCAAGCUUUUCAAAGAUUGUGGAGAAAUCUUCAGUAUUCGCUGGCCGAGUCUUAAAUAUAAUACUACUCGCAGGUUUGUUUACGUCACCUUCCGUACACGAGAAGCGGCAGCUGCUGCGACUCGAUUGGAUGGCGAACAAGUUGCUGGCCAGUACAAAUUAGUUGCCAAGUAUUCGGACCCGGGUGCUAAGAAGGAAAGAGAAGGUGCUAUGGCCGAGGAGCGUGAAGUUCAUGUAACUGGUAUUGACUUUUCUCUCAAUGAGCGAGAUCUCAAAGAGAUAUUUGGCAAAUAUGGAACUGUUGACAAAGUUCGCUUGCUAAAGAAGCCAAAUGGAGAGAGCAAGGGGGCCGGAUUCAUAUCAUUUGAGAAAAAGGGGGAUGCAACUGCGGCUCUUGUGCUAGAUAAGACUAAAGUCAAAUCUCGAGUGCUUACAGUUGAGGUGUCUCUAGGCAAAAAUUACAAACCAACAGCGACCAACAAGGGUCAAUCGAUGUCGCCAGCUCCAGAUGCGGACGGGGAUUCUGUCAUGUCUGUGUCACCCAGACAUGAUGGGCUUGCAAACACUCAUGCUCAGCAUGCUCCGGCGCCUGCAGACAACAGCAAUCGAACUAUCACUCUAAUGAACAUUCCCGAUACCGUGAAUGAUGCUAGAGUACGGGCUGUUGUGGAGCCCUACGGCGCUUUAGUAAAAGUGGUCCUGCGGCCCGAUCAUCAAGGUGCCAUAAUCGAGUAUGUUGAAGUUGCCUCUGCUGGAAAGGCUGCCUUAGCGCUGGAGGGCCAUGAGAUUGUUCCUGGAAAGAAGCUUCGCACUGGAGGCUUGAAAGAUCUUUUUGCGGAAAGAGGUGAGAAGAAAAUUGACAAAAUUCUAAUUGGUAAGGAAGCCAAAAAGGCUCCAGCUACAUUUAUGCAACCAGCGGCACCAAUUCGGAGACCUGGUGCUGGAGGUAGAGGUGGAUUAGGAAUGAAACGAGGGUUGGGAUAUGCUGCCUCACAAAGGCCUGCGGCCUCGGAACAGGCUCAGGAUGUCAAUAAUGGGAACAACGGGAAAGGCACGAAGAGCAAUGCGGACUUCAGAGCUCUGUUUGAGAAUACCAAGAAGGAUUAA